AAAGGGACCUGAGCAUAUAAAAGGAUUGUGUAUGUGGCCCAGAGAGUAACAGAAUCAAACAGGCAGUUGUUUGGAGUGGUGUUCAUCCAAGUCCCUGGUUCAUCAUACCAGUGUGCAGAUGUGAGGAUGAGUGAUGAGGAGGAAUUGGCCCGCAAUUGGAUAUGGAUGUGGUGGUAGAAGAUGAUUUGCAGCCCUGGGUUGGAGAUAGGGCUAGUACUACUAGUUGGAGAAAAUGGAAGAUCAUGCUAGCCAUCAUGGAGUUGAAUUGUAUGAUUUAGUGAUUGCAGUGAAAGCGUUGAUCAAAAUCUCACUUGCUAUUGCACUGGGAAGCUUUAGGCAGACCUUAGGAUGGUGGAAAGAAAGGUUCAAGAGACUGAAACUGGGGGACUGGUUUUAUCAUCAUCUUGUACUGCUUCAUCUGAGAGAAGUAAUUUGGUGUCCAGAUGAUAUUUUAUGGAAAUAGCUGUCAUGUGGAUAGCUCUUUGCAUCAUGUGUCAGUUUUGUGGCAAAGAGCCCUAACAAAGAAGUUGCUGGAGUGACUUGAGAGCUUUGUGCAGUUUCCAUGAUGACUUUGCUUUUCCUAUUUCAACACAAGAUGUAGCUAGCCUAGAAUGAAUGCUGGUGGGAUCAUUGGAAAGGAAGGUUUAAACAUCAACCAACUUAGAAAGAAGUACAAUGCCACCAUAACAGUGCCCGACUGCAGUGGGCCAGAGCGCAUCCUUACUGUUACUACGGAUAUGGAAGCAGGUUUGGAAUGCAUCCAGGACAUCAUCCCCGUAUUGGAUGAGAACAAACAGAAUCCUGAGCAUUGCUCUGUACGUGUGUUGGUCCAUCAGAGCUUAGCUGGAGCUAUCAUUGGUAAAGAAGGAUGCAAGAUCAAGGAAAUGAGAGAACAAAUUGGAGCUCACAUCAAGGUUUACUCUGACGUAUGUCCCAACUCGACUGACAGAGUUGUUCAGGUGGGAGGGAUGCCAGACAAGGUCAUUGAUGCUAUGCGAGAGCUUCAGAAACUUAUCAUCACGACACCUAUCAAAGGCCCAGCCCAGUCCUAUGACCCUUAUUGCUUUGACACCUUCUAUGCCCUCAACUAUGGAGGCUACACUGGUCCUGAUAACAAGAAGAUGGGAGGAGGUGGGGGAGGAGGUGGAGGAGGAGGGGGCAUGGGGCGCAACGUGGGCUACAGAGGAGGUCGGUAUGGAGGUGGUGGAGGAGGACGUUCCAUGGGAUUCGACUACAUGGGUGGUGGUGGUGGAGCAUAUGGUGGAAGGGGGCUGUUUGGACAACCCCCAAUGGGUGGCAUGGGCGGAGGAAGGAGAGGAGGAAGAGGAGGAGGAGGAGGGGGAAGAGGAGGGGGACCACCACCAGCAGCAGCAGGGGGAGGAGGAGGGAGAAUGCCAGAACCACUUGCACUUGGAUUUGGAAAUACUGGACAAACCAACCUAGAAUCCUUGGAUAGUCCUGAGAAGACCACUCAAGUCACCAUUCCUAAGGAUUGUGCUGGAGCCAUCAUUGGGGCUCGGGGAUGCAGAAUUCGUCAGAUCAGAACCCAGAGUAGGGCCACUAUAAAGAUUGAAGACUCCAAGCCAGAUUCCAAUGAACGCAUCAUUUCUAUCACAGGGACAGAUGAACAGAUAGGCUAUGCCCAGUACUUGCUCCAAGAAAGUGUGAGGAAUUUCUCCGGUGCCAAAUACUAGUGAGAGAUACAAGGGGACAUCUUCUAGCAUCCAACUCAACUAGACAAAUUUCAACCAUCCUAAAUAUAAGGCUACCCUUGAAAAAUCUGUGCCAUGGAAUGAACAUUUUCUGUUCCUACUAAUUUUUGUCUUUGUUAUAGUUUCCAAGUCUAUGUAGGUUUAUACACACUUCCAGCUCACUUAAUGCCACACUCACAUACUAAAAAUAUACCUUACUGUCGAAAAUUUGUAUAAUUCUAACUAGUAAUUUUAAUUUUAAUCAUUCGGCACAAAUGAAAAGAAAAUACUCAUAUAAUUUGUAUCCGUAUCAAUGCAACUUUUCAUUUGUUUUUAAAGGCAAAUUAGAAGUAAAUGUUUUAUGAUAUAAUCAAAACUAUUUUUAUGGAAUUAGGGUUAAUAAUGCAUUCAGAUUGUUUAUUGUAGAAAGAUUAAAAAAAACACAACUGUAAUACCAUUGGCUAGAUAUGAGAUAGCAUGUUUGAAAAACAAGCUGUUAGUCUUUCGUUGCAAGGUUGAGGUAAAUAUUUUUUCCUUCUGGAGACUGGAAAGCACAGCUUUAAUCUAAAUCAAUGUUCUACAAAUUUCAUGGGCUCAUUUUCCCCUUGAUACAAAUAUUCCUACUUUGUGCAUUUUAUUGCUGCACCAUAUAUUGAAAUAUCAUGGUUGAAUAUUGUAGAAAUUUUAAUUUGUGAGAUUCUUAAUUGAAGAAAGGUUGUACAAGGCCCUUAUACCCCCAUCUCACUAAAAAAGCGACUGUGGUGAUCUAUGAAAAUGUUGUUAUGCAUUGCAGAAUCUCCCUCCAAACCCAUUUUUGGCCAGUGAGGCGAUAACACUACAUAGCUUUACUGCGAUCUACCUGCUCUGAAGGCAAUUGCGAUAUGAUGAUAAUAUGGCGCUGUCACUUUCUCGCCCUAUCUUGAGACCGAUGAGAUGUAUUGCUUUUGCAAUCAAAACGAUCAUAAUAGCGGCUCAUAUGCUUAUCAAGAUCUCGCUACAGUUGUCCAGUGAGUAGGGUGAAUGUAGCUUCAUGCAGGGCUUCUGUGGUGGUUUGAGGCUAUGAGAAUAAAGUAAUUUGAUCAUUUUGUUAAAGGAAGGAGCAUGGUAGUGAAUGGGCCUGAAAACACAGUUGGUCAGAGACUCUUUUAAUGCCCUUGUAAUACGCUGUCGGUGCUGCUGCCACAUGUUAGAGCUAUAAACAUGUCAUUAAAAUACACUCUUGAGCCGACUGUGAUGCACAUUUCCACCUCAGCCUUCUCGCUUAGCACAUUUUAAACAUCUUCAAACAAGUGACCAGAGAGAUGUUGGCGACCUUAGACGCUUCAGAAAGGCUCAAGAUAUGAUAGAGAAAAUUGAAAAGAUCAAACCACGAUCCACUACGCUUUGUCAAUUUUUGGGGGAUCAAAACAGAAUCCUCUAGUGAGAUGGAGGUGAAAUUUAUUCAAUUCUUCAUUCUUGAGGUACAAAGAAUCCCCCAAAACAUCAAGUUUACAAAAGUAUGAGUAAUUAAGUUAGGUGUUAACUGUACAUACAUCCAUUGACCCAGUAUAGAUGUACAUUUGCAUGUAAACUUACAUGUACCAAGAAUGUAUGUAUAUGAUGCACAAAUCUGUGAUGAGUUUGACAUUUCAUUCAAAUCAUAAUAAAGUAACACAGAGUGAAAUAAAAUACAAUUUGUUUUUAUUCUGUGAAGUAAAUUUUUAAUCAGGGCUCUACAUUAAUCCUUUUGAAAAGGGUCCCAAAAGACUCCCAAAAGACUCCCAAUCGUACUUUGUGGAGCUUGUAUGCAUACAUUCUAUGUAAACAUUUAUAAAUUAUGGGGGUCCAGAGUUAGAUUUUGGACCCCUUUGUAUCCCAGUCCCUGUCACUGUUUAGUCCUGUUUUAAUACACAGUAUGUUUUCAUUCAUUUUUAAAUUUUAACUCCAUGUACUCUUAUAUUUAAACUUAUUUUAAAAUCAUGUAUUCUUAUAUUUCUUUUAUAUGAAAAUCUUUUCCAAUUGAAUUUAAGUCUUUAGGUAAGAAAAUCUAUAAGAUAAGACAAAGAUAUAAUGAGAAAACUAAAAAAGAAAUGGAAUUUUUUUAUCAGGUACAUAUAAAUAUGAAGUAUUAUCAGCUUACCUUUAUAUGUAAGUCAUGGAAGGUAAUACUUGGACUUGCCACAUUUUAGCACAUUGGAACAUUAUGAAGUUUGUUGUGGUGCUUGACCACAUAAUCAAAUUAUGAUCUACCAGAAAAGUAAAACUUGUUAUUGUGCUCAUUUACUUUGCUCUCUUCAACUUUGCUGUACAUAAAGAGCUUAAGAAUUCCUGCAAUAAAUAAUAAGAUGAAGUAAAAGGAAGAAAUUGAAGUCACAGUCAAGGCACUAAGGAUUAUUCAACCAACACUACAAUAUAUUUUGUAUUGAUAAAUCAUGUUUAACUUGAUUAGUUUGUAUACCUUGGAUCAAAAAAUGUAAUUAGUACAGAAACUUCAGUGAAUCCUUGAUGUCAUUUUGUCACUCUUCUAAAUUCAUGCAUUGAAGGAAUAAUAAUUAUACCGAGUAAUUUCAGAAAAUACAGCUCAAGGUGUAUGUGCAAGUUUUGAUUAAAACUGUCAAAGUGACUAGCUGUUUGAAAUCAAACUGAAAUUGAAUUGAUAACUCUUUAUUAAUAGAUUUUUAAUUUGUUCAAACAUUAUAAGGUAAUAAUUUGAUACAAACUUAAAGUACUUGCUCCAAACUUGUACAAGAGUGCUCUGUGUAAUUUGAAUGUCUAAUAUGUAAGGAUAAAGAACAAUUUGUGAAUCUAAGUCUGAAAUGUCUUCCAAUUUGAAAGGCAUGUGAAUAGUGAAUACAAAUUUUGAAUUAUGCUUGCAAAAUAUGGGUAAGUCGUCUUAUCCCUUGUUUGAUAUAUAUUUCUAAAUAUAUGUGAAAACACAUUGUUUACACAAUUUUAUAAUGAAUUGAGAAUUUCAAUAUAUAAUGAGAAAGCAAAUAUUCCUAAUGUUUUUGUAUGUGCCAGCUGACAUUCUGUAAUAAAGUUUUUACUAUCUUUGUAUCAUGUA